AUGCAGGAAGUGAAGAAACGUCCGAUAAUCUCUGCAAGAGAAAGAGGCCCGGGUCCUGGACGCUACGCUCUGCCCCCGAUGGUGGGAUACAUCAACCAUGACUUCACCAAGCCCAGCAGCCCUGCAUACUCCUUUCACAGCCGCAUGAGCAGCGCCAUGAUCUCUGUGGACUCCAGCCCAGGACCGAGGUACCACAUUGACGCCAAGUUAACCCGCUUUGGCCGGAUGGAAACCCCGUCCUACUCCAUGCUUGGCAGGGGACGGAGCACAGGGGAUAAGGUGUUUCAGACUCCGGGGCCGGGGGCCUACAGCCCAGAGAAGGCUCCCCCUCUCAACUCUCACAGACCCCCCUCAUUCACCAUCGGCUCUCGCACCAGAUACCGCUCUGUGGAUCCUGUCCCGGCACCCAACAGCUACAGACUCCCUAAUCUGCUCGGCAGCCAGGUCCCUAAUAAACCCUCGAGUGCCAGCUACAGCUUCUCAGGCCGGAGGAAGGUGGGAGCUCCGUCUGAAGACCUCUCCAAGAGCCCCGGACCGGCCAAAUACGACACCACCAACCCCGACAUCUACCACCAGCGCCAGCCCUCCUUCUCCAUGCAGAAACGGACUAAGAGACCCAGUUAUUCCUCGGCUAUCCCCGGCCCCGGCACUUACAGCCCGGAAAAGUUUCAUGUGCACCUCCCUAAACCCCCCUCCUUCUCUAUGGGUGUCAGACACUCAGAGUUCGUCACCCCACUCGUGGUGCAAGUCAUCGACUGACAGGAUUCAAUAU